AUGAUGAUUUCCCAGACCCCAAACAUGUUUCUCAUCAUUUUCAUCUUCACUACAUUCGUAUGUCUCUCUUCAAGCUCUAGUAUCCCAACCCAGUACUCCAUAUUGGGCCCUAACCUUGACAAGCUUCCUUCUCAAGAUGAAGCCCUCCAACUAUUCCAACUAUGGAAGAAAGAGAAUGGGAGGAUCUACAAAGACCUAGAAGAGAUGGCAAAGAAAUUUGAGAUUUUCCUCUCAAAUUUGAACUAUAUCACAAAGUCUAAUGCAAAGAGAAGGUCAUCUUCUACCUACCUUCUUGGUAUGAACAAAUUUGCUGAUUGGAGCCCCAAGGAGUUUCAAAAAACCUACUUACAUGGCCAUGACAUGCCCAAACAGCUCGGUCACGUAAAGCAGAAUAAUUUAUCAUAUGCAGGGCCUGUAUCCCUAGAUUGGAGGCGAAGAGGAGUUGUAACUGGAGUUAAGGACCAAGCAAAUUGUGGAAGCUGCUGGGCGUUCUCAGCCACAGGUGCCAUUGAAGGAAUAAAUGCAAUAGCCACAGGGAAGCUUAUUAGUCUAUCUGAGCAAGAGCUUGUCGAUUGUGACCCCAAAAGCUACGGUUGUGACGGCGGAUGGCCAAGUAAUGCAUUUGAUUGGGUUUUAAGCAAUGGUGGGAUUGCUUUGGAAACUGAUUAUUCUUAUAAUGCAAUUGGGAGUACCUGUUAUGCCUCUCAGGUUUCAAACAGUGCAAGCAUUAAUGGCUAUGAAAACGUAUAUCCAUCAGACGACGGUCUCUUGCUUGCUACUUAUUUGCAGCCUAUUAGUGUGGCUAUUGAUGCAAGCGACUUUCAAUUUUACUCCGGUGGAAUCUUUGAUGGUCCCAACUGCGCAACGGAUUCUCAGUACGUAAAUCAUGCUGUGUUAAUAGUGGGUUAUGAUUCGGUGGAUGGUGAAGAUUAUUGGAUUGUGAAAAAUUCGUGGGGCACAAAUUGGGGAAUCAAUGGAUACAUAUGGAUCAAAAGAAAUGCCGGUUUACCAUAUGGGGUGUGUGCAAUCAAUGAAUGGGCUUACUACCCAACCAAAAAGCAAUCAGCAUCAAGGAACCCAAGUAUUAGUUUCAUGUGA